CACGUCCGGCCGGUAAGCUGUGCAGACGGGCCGCGAGAGCGCAUUUAUUUCGCACAAUGCGCUAUCAUUUUUUGACAACACUAUGCCUACUCGCAUACACCACUAACGCAAUCAAAAUCCUCGGCGUCUUUCCUUAUGAUGGCAAAAGCCACUUUAUCGUAAUCAAAGUCCUGUUGGAAGAACUAGCCAGGAGAGGACACGAUGUUACCGUCAUAUCCCACUUUCCAGACGACAACCCACCAAAGAACUAUCACGAUGUCAGCCUCUUCAUACCAAAAAAAAACAAUGACUCUGUAGAAGAUGCUGUGAAAAUUGAAAGGUCAUACUUUGGCGUAUUUGAAGUCGGAGUGUACUUAGCGCUAAGCGGCAAAAACGAUUGUGAAGUGAUGUUAGCAAAUAAGGAUGUACAAAAACUUGUCAACAGGAAAGAUAAAUACGAUUUGGUGCUAACUGAACAGUUUAAUAGUGAUUGUUCAUUAGGAAUAGCGUACAAGUUAGGAGCUCCCGUGGUUGGAAUAACCACGCAUGUCUUGAUGCCAUGGCAUUACAAAAGAUUGGGAAUCCCAAACAAUCCUUCGUACGUUUCCUUCCAUUUUCUGGAAGGGGGAACGAAACCAACUUUAUUUCAAAGGGUGGAAAGAGUGUUUUUCGACGCAUAUUUUAAGACUCUAUACUAUCUAAUAAGUCAGAGAUCAAAUCAGAAUGAAUUAGCUAAAUACUAUGACGACAUACCGCCGCUGGAAGACUUGGCUGGGCAGAUAAAGUUUUUGCUGCUAAACCAUCAUUAUGUUCUGACUGGGUCGACCUUGUACCCCGCUAAUGUGGUCGAAAUUGGUGGAUUUCAUGUCGGCAAACCGAAUCCUUUGUCUGGGGAAUUAAAAAAUUUCGUGGAACAAGCGGAACAUGGCGUGAUAUUCCUAAGUUUCGGCACAACAGUGAGCCUUUCUCUUACAUCCGUGGAAAAGAUACAGGCCAUAUUAGACACUAUUGAAGAGUUGCCCCAAAGAUUCAUAUGGAGAUGGGAUAAGAAGACGACUCUAGACAAAAAACCAUUUAACCAGCUAAGCCAAAAACAUUUGGACUUAUUGGCAAAUAAAAAGAAAAUUUACAUUGGGAAUUGGUUACCUCAAGUUGAUAUUUUGGGGCAUCCAAAAGUAUUAGCAUUUAUCUCCCAUGGUGGCAUGGGUGGUACAACCGAGGCAAUCCACUUUGCAGUGCCGAUAGUGGCCAUGCCCAUAACUGGUGACCAGCCAGCAAAUGCUGCGGCCAUCGAGGAAAGCGGCUUCGGAGUCCACCAACCAAUCAACAGCCUAACUAAAGAGGAUCUAGUUGCCAGUCUCAAAAAAGUCUUAAACCCGAAAUUCCGUGAACAAGUGAAGCUGCGUUCCAAAGCGUGGCAUGACCGUCCAGUGUCUCCUAUGAACUCAGCGGUGUACUGGAUCGAGUACGCAGCUCGCAAUGGAAACUUUACCUUCAGGACCCCUGCAGCCACCGUCCCAUUAUACCAGUACCUUUAUCUAGACACCAUGGCGGUGUAUGCAGUAUUCUUCACUGCAGUCUUUUUGUUAUUUAAAUCUUUCUGUUGUGCUUCAUCCCGUAAGGAGACUAAGAAACCAAUGAAUAACAAGAAGAAAAAACAAAAUUAAUAAUUCAGCAUUAAAUUUUUAUAUGGAA